GAUACAUCGGCAACCCUCAAUUAUCGCUCGGCAGGAGGCAGCAGCAGGCGUGUUCCUGCCAAAAGCUUUGUUAUCGUUUUGACGUUUUCUCGUAACAUAACCUAAAAGAAGUAAUUUUUCAAGAUGUUUUGAUGAUUGAAAUUGUUUCGUUCGGAUAUUGUGUGAAAAAAUGUCCUCUAGUAAGUCAAGAUAUGGAUUAUUAUACAGCGAAUAUGAGUAUCCUUGUAUCCGAAUGUCUUUCGAAAAAUUCGUUGUCGGUGUGAUGUGUCUUCCCUUAUUAGCUUUUGUGUUUUGUAUAGUCUAUUCCGUAAUCUAUAACUAUGAAAGUGCGACUUACACUCACUGCCAAGUAUAUAAUGUUUUGCCAUCUAUAUCUGCUGCUAUAGGAAACUUCUCACCUCAAAGAGAAAUCUGGCAGACUGCCAUAUCUUUACAAGCUCUUCCAAGAAUUUAUGUUGCAAUGGAAUACCUAAACCAUCAUCAAAAUGUAUUAAACAGAAAUAACAUGUGGAUGGGAUAUGUAGCUUGUUUGCUGAAUAUUGUUGAAAACCUAUCGCUUGUUACAUUAUCAUUUUUUACAUCGUCAAAAUUUUAUGCUAUACAUGAAAAAGCCUUCAUCACGUUUAUUCUGGUAUCAGAGAUGUACAUGUUUUUAAUAUGCAUUUUACAGAGAAAGUAUAAAAGGAUUCAAAGACACAGUUUGAAGUGGAAGAAGCGAUGUUUGGGAACAAAUCUUUUAUUUAUAUUUAUUGCGGGAUAUUUCUUUAUGAGACAUAAUUCUUCAUGCGAACCAUACGUGUACUCUAUGUUUGCUGCAUCAGAAUAUGUAGUGGUUUUGACAAAUAUGGCAUUCCACUUUACAGCUUAUUUUGAUUUUCGACACAAGGACCUCGUAAUUUACAGACACGGAUUUGCUCUCACAGAAAGAUAAUAUUUGGUUAUUUAGCUAGUAAUUUAAUUCGUUUUUAUCUGUUCGAUUUCUUAAUGUUGAUUUAAUUCCUAAUUCUGGUUGUGUUAUAUUUUUCUAAAUCUGGCGAAUGCGCCGGAAGCACGGAGAUUGAUACUUAAUUUAUUUCCUAGAUCUAAAUAGUUAGAUGGAAGAUAAUUUAUCAAAGCAUUCUUAUCUUUUCACUAGGGCAAAUAUAUUGGACUAACUAAAAUAUAUCAAUAAGUCGUAAUAUUUGCAUAGGGAAAUAUUUUUUGUUGAUAUAUUUUAUAAUAAAACAGUGAGAUAAAUGGUGCGAAAUGCAUUUAUAAUUUGUGGUAUUUAUUUUUUGUGAUAUUAUAGUUAAUAAAACUUCAUUG